ACGUCAGACAGAACGUUACGCAGUCAGUAACGCAGAUGUGGACUACACAUGUAAUCGCCGGCUCUCCGUGAGCACCGGAGCCUCAUUUUUAUCAUCAUAGUUUAAGAGGAGCUCAAUGACGGCCAGGAGAGGCGGUUGUCCGGUACUGUCCAACAAACACCUCUGAAAAAUACGGUUUGAGGAACACAGUGCGUGAAGUUAACUUCUUAGCAGUUAGCUUAGCUAGCAUAGCAGGUAUACUUCUACCAUCGUUGUUUAGUUCAUGACGUUAGUGUUCAUAUAACUGAAGCUAGCCGUCCAGGUCGGUGACGAAACAGUUAAGUAAACUCAUCUGUAAACUUUGACCUCCAAACGGGUUAGAGACCAGUGUGCCACAAAGGUACUCGCCGCCAACAGUGCUGUCUUGUUAGCUGGUUCGACUUCCUUGUGUCGUUCGAGGUCAUUCCAUAACGUUAUCAAAGAUACCGAUCGGGUAACGGUCAACAGGCAUGAAGAGCCUGCCGUACUUCUGCCGAGGAGAGGUCAUCAGAGGCUUCGGGAGAGGAAGCAAGGAACUGGGCAUACCCACCGCUAACUUCCCAGACUCAGUGGUGGACAACCUUCCAGCAGAUAUCAGCACUGGGAUCUAUUAUGGCUGGGCCUGCGUGGGUAACGGUGAUGUCCACAAAAUGGUGAUGAGCAUCGGCUGGAACCCUUAUUACAAAAAUACAAAGAAAUCUAUGGAGACUCAUGUGAUUCACACUUUCAAAGAGGACUUUUAUGGAGACACGUUAAGUGUUGUCAUGGUGGGCUACAUCCGUCCAGAGAGAAGCUUCGACUCCCUUGAGGCCCUCAUCGCAGCCAUCAACAACGACAUCGAGGAGGCCAAGACAAAGCUGGAGCUCCCCGAACAUCGCAAACUGAGAGACGACAACUUCUUCACCGGCACCCCCAACGGGUCUUCAGCUCUGCCUCCCACCACCACAUCCGUGUCACAGACUAUAAUGAACGGACACUGACAGCUGGAUGUGACUGCUUUACACACACGCCAUUCAACACGCAGGUCUCUAUCACGUACUUAUUAAAAUGCACGCUUCUCCUACCGUCUCCAUGGCUACAUACACUUGGAUAUAAUCACGGACAACCAGUCUUUUUUUAAUUUGUAUUUUUCCUUUUCUUCUUUCAUUGUGUUUUUGUGUACAAAGCAGUUUUACGUCACAUUCAGGUUUGUUACAGACAGAGCCAGUCCCAUAACAGAUGAUAUUCAUUUGUCUAUAUUCACAUCAGGUUGCCUUUUAACACUGAAACUGUGUGUGACGCUCUUUGGGCCCACUGGUCCCACAGGAUAUUGUGAAGUGUAUAUUAAUGUAUAGAAAAUUGCAGAACAAGAUGGGUGUGACUAUAAUAUACAUGAUAUUUGUAGUAUUCUGUAUAUAAAGAAAGACACUAGUAGACCACAAACUCUAACUGAACCCUGUUUAACUGAGGUGAAAUGCAUUGUUAUUCAUUCUGUUGUUGACCUGAUGUGGCUACUGAGAAAGUCUGGGCAUUAUUAUCUGUAACAAAAACAUAGGUUGCACUGGGCUUUUAUGCAAUGGUGUAGCUACAUGCAAAGCAUCUCUGAUGAAAACAAGAUUAAAAUUAGAAAGCUAAUCUUUGCUCCUUUGAGAAAAUGUCCCUCUCCUCUAGUGUGACACAAGUCCUGGACAUACUGCCCUGUUUAAUGUCAACCAGAGAUCAAAUUUGUUUAGGAUUUAUGCAGUAAAAGAGUAAUACCGGAAGAGAUGUUUUUAUUUAUUUAUUAAAAUCCAUUGUAAAUAUCUGUUAAUGGUAAGGCAUUUACAGUAUUUCAAAAAUUCACCUCCUAUAUUUAAGGUUUACUCUCUCAACACUAUAUCGUCUUCAUCAUCAGCCAUUUAUAUUUGAUAUUUCAUACUGAUAGAAAAAUUCUGAGAUACCAUCUAAGAAUCAAGACAGAGUCGCUGGAUUCUGGAAUCAGAAGACUUUACUUGUGGCAAGGAGCCAGGUACAUACAACAAGAUGCAGCAGUUGACUUACUAACACCAGGAAGUCUAAGUUCUUAUGAAAGAAUAUGGAUAAUACAAUUAUUGGUCCAAGUGUCCAAACGUAAUGACGAUCAAGUUCACCAUUGGCGUAGAUACCCAAAACACAGUGACGCAUGGGUUCAGUGACCGCGUUUGCACUUAUCUCCCGCCUACCCUAUGGCCUGAUAUCUCCAAGGGCAACAGGCUGCUCUGGCCCCGAACUGGCACCACAAGACAGAAAACAUGUAGAGACAGAAGAAAUGGUAGACAUAUCCUGGGUGUUUUCUUACAGGACAUGUCAUCACAAGCCAUCCAUGACUCGUAUAUUUCUCUAACACGUACGUGAAUCGAAAAAGCUAAACAACCUUUUUCGCGUGUCAGUUAUGUUUGUCACUACAGCGUGCCUCAUGGUCAGACCUGUAGUCUGUCAGUCGGUGGGUUUGUUACAGAUAGUAAAACAUUGAUAGAUGAGCUGAGACACAGGAGAAUAAAGUCCACUGGUCCUGUUCUAUAGUGUUCUGAUUUAGGAGCAACAAAUGAAACCACUGAAACGUAAAAGGAUAAUGAUGAUGCAGAAGUCUGUUCAGUACUGUGGAGAAAACCAAAAUAAACAGUAAAUCUAGAGUUUCUAUCAAGUUUGUGUAUGAGUGUGGUUUUAAGAAGAAAAUGACAGCUAAACAUAUAAUACAAAUAUGUACAAAUGUUUGAAGCCCCUGUAAAUAAUUAUUUUAAAUGAUUGAAACACGAGUCAUAGCUUUUAAGUCUGUAUUGUAUUAUUAAAGUGAUAACUAAUUAGGACUGCUUUUUAUGAAUGUUGACGAUUCAAUGGUAGCUACGAUCCUUCAUCAUAAUGGUCUUAGCUGUUUUUGCUGGUUAUAAUGGUCACUGUUUUCUGCAAAUUUUUACUUGAAGUGGUUUAGUCUUUGCUCCAACAGAUUAAUUCUAAGUACAUCUACAUGAUCCAUUGUAGUUACUGUGCACAAAAAAAAAAGAAAAAAACCUGUUGGGAAGCAUCACCAUAAACUCAGAUGUCCUGGGUCUUCAAUCUUGUUAAGUGUUGUGACAUUUUGGGGAGAGAUUUUCAGCAGGAAAAUUUCAUAAAUCAUAUAUUUUUAUCUGAUUCAUUGUAAAUAUUGAUUAGAGAUAACACAUGGACCAGGCAUACUGCAUGUCAAAGGUAAAAGUUCAACAUCGCUCCUUAUAUUUUCAUCCAUUCAUAUGUUUUAUAUCAUUCAAUCAAUAAAUUAUUCAAUCCAAA